AUGGAGAAUUACUCGGUUCAACAGGAGAGCCAGCGCAUCCUAGAGGAGCAACUCCUCAAGAACGAGCAAUUAUCCCUGCCCCGCGAGUUUGUGGAAGCAGCAAAGCGAGUCAAAAUUACCGGCAAGGAUCCCAAGCCAUUUAUCCCGACCCCAUGUAAAGUCACCGAGUCCGCAGCGGCGCUGGCUGCCCUCGUAGCGGCCGAAGGGAGUGCCAUCAGUGCCGACCGCUACGGCAUCGGAUACCAAGCCGCCGAAGUUGAUACGGACCUCGCCACCCUUUUCCUAGAGUCCAUUAUCCUGCCCACCAUCAAUGGCAAGCCGGCCAUGCAGGAUGACCGCGUGCUGGCCGAGCUAAAGAAGGGGGACUUGUACGACAUGGCGAAGCCUAUCCACCAGCAGGCGACAAACGUUUACCAGACCAAGGAUGGCAAAUGGUACCAUUUGCACGGGUCAAUGAAUGCCUCGGCGACAAUGGGCCUGGUUGGUGUGGAAGAGCAGGACGUGACGCGUGAGGAGGCCAUCAAGAUCUUCAGCGACAAGGUCGCCCAGUAUGACGCCGCGUACCUGGAAAAAACGGCCAACGAACAUCUUCGCCAAGCAGGGGUGACGUGCCUCACCCCCGAGGAAUUCUUUGCCUCGGAACACGGCAAGAUCAUGGCGGAUGAGCCGCUCUGGACUAUGAAGCCGGUUCCCGCACCACGGAGCACCUGGCCAGCGCAAAAGUCGGACAAGCUCAAGCCGCUCGAGGGCAUACGUGUCAUUGACUUUUCCCGUGUGAUUGCCGCCCCCGUCAUCUCCAAAGUCCUGGCCGUUCUCGGCGCCCAAGUCAUCAAGGUGUCGAACAAGAACCUGCCCGAUGUCACUGCAACAUGGAUUGAUCUGAGCACGGGCAAGAAGGACGCAGAUAUCGACUUGAAGAGUGACGAGGGCAAGAACACAUUCAAGCGACUCGUCGCGGGCGCCGACGUCUUGAUCGACGGUUAUCGCCCCGGCAUUCUGGCCAAACUGGGCUUCAACUCUGCGUCGCUGCGCACAAUCAACCCGAAGCUGGUGUACGUCCGCGAGAACUGCUACGGGUUCAAGGGCCCGCUGGCAUAUCGCUCCGGCUGGCAGCAGAUAAGCGACUGCCUCGUGGGCAUCUCGUGGCUGCAAGGGAAAUUCCUGGGCUUGAAUGAGCCGGUGGUGCCUCUGCUUCCCAAUUCCGACUAUCAGACAGGUCUUGUGGGCGCAGCCGCAGUCUUGCAGGCGUUGUUUCAACGGACCAAGGUAGACUGCACGUACGACAUUGAUGUGAGCCUGACGCAGUACAACAUAUGGUACUAUCGCCUUGGCCAGUACACUGCGGACCAGGGAAAAGCGAUUUUGGCACGAAAUGAAGGCUUCCACGUUCGGCAUUAUGACGAAAUGUUUUCGUUGAUACAAAAAACCCACGCUGCCAUAUCCAAGGCUCGGCCGGAACUGUUUAAAAACCCUGACUACUUUUCCACUAUGUCUGGGCGAGAGUGGGGAGUGGGUGACGAUAUUACCAUUUUGGCACCGCCCUUUAAAUUUGAGACGUCGGUGCUUGAGUACGCAGUUCCUUCUGGAGUACGGGGGAGGUCGAUUCCUGAAUGGGCGGCAUAG